AUGGAUUUAGCGAAUCGCUUUGCCGAGAAGGCUAAACUUGUCAAUAUUCAACCUAUUCCAGGAGGAAUAGAAUUCAACGUCUUCAGAGCGUCAACAGAUGACGGCCACGACGUUGUGCUGCGUAUCCCCCAGUUUCGAAUUUUCCAAAAUGCAAACGAUCCAAACAAUGAUGCAAAAGACCUUGUGCAUCAAGAACUGGAGAUAUAUAAACUACUUGAAGACGGUCCGGUUCCGGUCCCCAAGGCGCAUGGAUACUAUGAGGUUGAUGACUACCCUGCUAUGGUCUCUCGGUUCGUACCAGAUGAUGGCUCCGAGGUGGAAGAUUCAGAGCUGGGUAGAAUUGCAGCUCUAAUCCACUCGACCCUAGUACCUAGCGAUUGGGGCAUCAAGCUGGUAGCCAACGAGAGCACGGAUGCUAUUCAGUCGCUGGUACAGCGCAUGACACGCCGCUUCAAAACACUUAGCAGCUUCAGACCGACGACAGAGGCGCACAUUAUAAGCCGAGAGACCCUUGCCACUAUAUCACAAACGCUUUACCGUAUGCCCAAGUGCCUUCUCCAUCUGGACCUCCGUGGUGACAAUCUGCGAGUAGUCGAUGGCAAGGUCGUUGCUGUUAUUGACUGGACCAAUGCUCUCAUUGGUCCUGCUGCCAUUGACUUAUACCGCACCAUAGAACUCGAGAAGCCAGGGCGGCAAUUCCUUGAGAGUUAUAAUAACGUGAUGCCGGCGCCAGAGCUGACAGAGAUGGAGGAGCUAUUUUUGAGGCUGGAUGCCGCACUAAUGCUCUCUCUUGUAUUUUAUUCAGAAGCACCUGAUUUGGAACUGCAGAAGGUUUGGGGUGAUCGCGUGGAGGAGCUGUCGUUGAACUUGCAGGCUGCAUUCAACAGUAGUACAGCAUAG